AUGACUGCUCAAUCCUGUGUAGCGGAAAACCGCAUUGCGAAUCGUCGCACUCGGCAGGCAAGAUCUCGCGCUCGACGUCUUGCUCGGAUGAAGAAGACAAUGCCCGAGGGCAUCCGUGGCACCAAAAGGAGAAAGCUUCGAGACCAGGAGUCGUUGAACCUCGAGGAUUGUUCCUUUCGAUGCGAAGAGAGGGGCUAUCACCUCGACCCAGAUGUCCAUAUCGGUAGUGAUAACCCUCACAUUGUAGACCCCUUUUCAGUUCUUGAUCUAGACACGGCAGACCCCUAUGAAACCAAUACAAGUACUCCUUCCGACUACAACUCCAGCCCUGCAAGACCCGAAACUCCUGAUUACCAAUAUUCCAAAUGUGGUUAUGCAAAUUCAGCGAUGAGCAGUGAAAAGACGAUCUUUAAGGUCGAAGACGUAGCUUUGACGGACGCCAACACUGAUUACCUGGCCCCAGGCUUUCCGCUCAUUCCAUUCACUCCUGAACAAACGCCUUUCGUCCGAAUGCCAGGGUCCUUUUCAAACUCUUCAGAUAAUGAUGACCAUUCCAUUUCGAAGUUUCUUCUCAACGAUAUCCGGAUCCCAAGUCCGUCGUUGUAUCAUAAGUCGGAGCGACGAUCAAUUUUCGGAACGGGCAAGGCCGAUAUAUUAGAAGUCCCAGUUUUUGAACUAGCGCAUGGCCAAUCAAAACCAGAACCGGACUUUGUCACAUAUCGCAAUACUGGUCUGGACGAUGUGACCUUUGCUGCUCAGAAUUCCCAUGACGCAGAUGAUGUCGAAUCGAUAGCAGCAAAACAAGCAUUGUUAAGGUUUCAGUUCCCACAGCCUGAUGACAGUGGAGAAAAUGAAAAGCAUAUCGCAUAUGAGAGAUCCGAUCAGCUCGCGUCUGGUCCCAAUCAUUUAGUCCAGGAAAAUGGAGAAGAUCAUAGUUGGAGGAUGCUUGGGGCAUCCGAUGUCCUCGACAUGCCUAGCGGGUUCGGGGUAAAUGCUUCCCAAGAUGAUAUUCGCAAAAACACUCAGUCUCAGAGCCCAAACAUAAUUUUGGAGUCCACGCGCCAUUGCGAGGAUGACAAUCUUAUCUUUCCAGAAUUGUCCGUUUCUCCAUGCGAUCAAACUAUGAAUGUCAUGCAUUGGAGCAACAACAUUGCCGUAUCUUGGAACAGAAGUACGGCAGACUCUUCAUCUUCAGGUCUUGAGACAGAGGUGGCCUCGACGACUCCUCCGUCACCCUACAGAGACCUCGUACUAGCCAUUUCGUAUCCUAGGACCUGCACCGUCUCGUCUGGAGGACUAUGGUAUUGUAGUGGAACGUCAAAGCUUCCCAUGGUUGAAUACCACCACAAAGAAGAGAGGAAGGUACAACGGACGCAAGGACUGAGGCCAAUUCUGUUCCCAGACGAGCAAUCGCGACUCCCAAGGACUAAGGAGUACGCUGUCGUUUUGGCUAAAACAUCUGAGAAGCCUGAAAUCCGAUCCGAUGAUCUCUCAACGCCGCCGAAAUCACCCAAUGAUGUGCAGCCCCGAAGAUCACUAAUUUUGAAUACGGAUGAGGAUAAUGAGAGCUACUUUACGCCAAGUUAG